UAUGUAUNGUCGAUUAUGGAGUUAAAUUCACAAGAGAGUGUGCAAAGUAUUAUGAUGAAUUGAAUAAUUCAACCUUGCCUGGAGUUGACAGCUCUGAAAAUGCUAGAGAACAGGUUUCACAGGUGAAGAGAAUAUGCUUCACGUUCCUUGAGGUCGCACUUCAAGAACUCGACAAGAGAAUUCCAUCUAACUGGAAAACCUUUACUAGAAUGAACUCCCUCACCCCGGAGAAGGUGUUAUCCUCCGACCGGUGCCCAUUCUCCUCCCUCCCCUUCUUGGAGUUCUGUGAGGAGAAACUUGAAGAUAUUGAGUCACAAUACAGGCGUGUAAACCAAGUGGACUGGUUAUCCUAUGAACCAUUUAAUGGAAAGAUCCCUGAUCCUGUUGGUUUCUAUGGAAUUGUUAGAAACUACUGUGUAUCUGGAGAGUAUGUCUUUCGAGAAUUGGCUGAUUUUGUUCUCAGUGUAUAUUCUUUACCACUUUCAAAUGCUUUUACUGAACGCAUGUUCUCUAUGAUCUCAUUUGUCAAGAACAAAUGGCAUAAUCGGCUUUCCAAUGCAACUGUAAACUCAAUCAUUAGAUUGAAAUGUCAUCUUUACAGCCGAAAUGUCUGUUGCUCCACUUUUAAGAUAACUCCUAAGAUGAUUGAGCGUCACAACCAAUAUAUGUAUUCCUUUAGGAGCUGUCCCAAUGAUCUUGAAACAGACAACAAGGAUGAUGCCGAUGAAGAUUUAGAUCAUCUUUUAGAUGAUAUCAAUUUAUCCUUGAAAUGAUCUACCAUUUUUUGUUUCAGACUUUGACGUUUGCACAAAAUGGAGCCAGAACUGCAGUUGAAGAGUUUGAAAACAGUAUAAUAAGGCAUAAUAAGACUAUAAGUGACCUUGCCAUAAGUAACAUAGAAACGUUAAACAGUGACAUAGAACCAUUAAACAGUGACAUAGACACGUUAAACAGUGACAUAGAAACAUUAUUUUUAAAAUUCGGUGUUGGUGAUGGACCAAACCUCUAUAGAUGGAAUAAUGUUGUGCGAGUCUAUGGUUGCAGAUUACUGGUCCACUUCUAAAGCCUUCCUAAAAGAACUCACAUACCACUGUCUGUUUGACUGUCCAAGAACAGAUGAAGAGUAUAAUAACCUAAUAUGGUUGGCCGGGCUUAUCUCAAUUCAUGACUUCUGUCUGGAUCGUAAUGGAUUUACCAGUCUGAACAUUCUUCCAACAUUUUUGAAACAACUUUCUUUGGCUGUAAAGAUCCAACGGGAGGAUAGAUGUAUAUCUAUGAAAAGAGAUCAAAUGAAAUACAUGUCUGACAAAGUGGAGGAGUUGGUUAACUAUAUCAAAAAAACUGGAGAAUAUGCAAUUGUAACCAAGAACCCAAAAGUAACUGUUGAAAAUGUUAAAAGAAACAUCCUCAAUCAAAGUACAAAAGAAGACAUUGCAGCAAUGGUUAAUGCAUAUUGGACAUCUGAUUUCAAGAAACUGUUGAAGAAUAAUAAACUUUGGGGCACGUGUCUCUUCUGUCAAAAAGGUUUUAAUCGAGCCCAUGUUGCACAAAAACACAUAUUACAAGUGGAGUGUCCUAUAUUAAGAAAUCAACUGGAGAAGCAUCCAGAACAAGAAGAAGACCAGGAAGCAGCAAAUAAAGAAGAAGUUAAUGAUGGAGAGAACCAGGUGGAAAUUGCUGAAGAAGAAGAAGAAACAAGACGAGAACCUGAGAAACAUUUCUCAGAGGAAAUUGGUGAAGAAAAAGAAGCUCAAAUCCCGGAUUGGCCCCGAGAGGAGGAAGUGGAAAUGACAAGGUUCAACUUUAGAAGAAGGGAAAGUACUAUUUAUGAUUGUGUACCUAGUGAUAGUGAAGAAGACCUUUCUUCAGGAGAGGAUUCAGACAUAUUUGAUCCAAAAGGAGAAGAAGAAACUGACUUUGAGGAUACAAUUCUAACCAACAAAGACUUAAAUACACCUCAGAAGCGGAGAAAUGAUAGCUCUGAUGAUGAAAUGAUUCCUGGGUCACCAAUUUACCUAAGCCCACAUGUGGCAGGAUCAAGAUCAUCCACGUAUUUUGAACCUUCUCUGAAGAAGCUGAAGGAGCUAGAUCCCCUUCAGAAUGCUUCAGCAGUGUCAAAUUCACUGCACUUAAAGCCCCAAGAGCAGAUUGAUACAGAAGAACCAGCCAAAAAGAAAAUACAAAAUACAAAGACUGCAACAGUCUCCAAUUCUUUGCAACAAUUAGCACAGGAGGAGCUGGUAUCAAACCAGAAUGUCUCCGAAACAUCAGAUAAGGAUAAUCCAGACCAUUUUUCACAGCCAACAGACCUGGAGAAGCUGUCGUCAAGUCGGAUUGUACAAGAGAAGGAAGACCAGUAUUUACAGCCACUAGAGAUUGUACAAGAUACAUCAGAAAAAGAGAAGGAAAAGUUUUUUUCUGUACUUGGACUACGAAAGCUAUCAGCCCCCGCCAGAGUUUACCCAUGUUUGGUAAGUGUUUUACCGAAUUAA